AUGUCGUUUCGGAAGAGGAAUACAGUAAUCGGUGUUACUGGGGCCGCACCACAGUCACAGCAAACCAAACUACUAGUUCCAGGCACUCGACCUUCUCCUCACGAUGGAAGACUCACCACCUCUACUGGAACUUCAUCUUUGGAUCAGCUGCUCGCAGGCCAUGCUGGACUACCCGUGGGAACAUGUCUUCUCGUCGAGGAGACUGGGACAACCGAUUUUGGCGGAAUUUUGCUUCGCUACUUUGCCGCUGAAGGACUAGUUCAAGGCCAUUCUGUACAUGUGUUGGGAUUUGGAGAUCACUGGCGACGUGAGCUUCCAGGGCUGGCGAGCGAGGGCCGAUCGAAAGAGGCUAGUAGCUCUAAUUCUUCAGACAGCAAGAUGAAGAUUGCUUGGCGAUAUGAGGCUCUAAGUAGUAGAGCUGCUCCAUCACGUGACUCGGCAGAAGGGAUGGCCCCUUUCUGUCAUACGUUUGAUCUAUCAGGGCGCCUGGACGAAAGUGUCGCUCAGGGGCAGUUUUAUACCACACGCGGAGGCGGCUUGGAUUCUGGCCAGUCACUGUUCCGGCGUUUCAUCAGCGAGGUCACCACUAAGAUCAAGAGUUCGCCUCCUACCGCCAUUCACAGAAUUGUCGUUCCCAGCCUACUCUCGCCAACUCUAUAUCCACCUUCAGCUUGUCGUCCGCAAGAGGUGCUGCAGUUCUUGCACCAAAUACGAGCCUUGCUGCGGCAGUUCCCCUCAAGGAUUGUUGUCAUGAUGACGCUUCCCAUCUCACUAUAUCCCCGUUCGACAGGACUCGUUCGGCGAGCAGAGCUAAUCUGCGACGGCGUGGUGGAGUUGAUAUCGCUCCAGCAGCAGCCUCAACACCAUAUUGAUCAAAAUUCUGCAAAUGAUACCAAGGCACAGGGACUUUUCAGGAUUCACUCGCUUCCCAUCUUCCAUGAAAAGGGGGGUGGAUUGGAAGGAAGCUGGGUGAAGGAGGACAUGUCUUUCAAGCUCAGUGCUUCCAGUGGGCUUGUUAUCGCGCCGUAUAGCUUACCACCCUUGGAAGAUGAUGGACCUUCAAAUGCGCCAUCAAAUGAUAAUAAGCCAAAACUUGAUUUCUAA